CCCUCACCGGAAAACCGUCCCGAAAAACCCAGACGUUCAGUGUCUGAGACUUGCCUCCCGUUGUGCGUUGAGCCGUCUCUUGUUUACUUUCUGCCUCAAUCAACCACCAACGACAGCCACUCGCCCACUGGGCUCCCUGCCGUGGAACAACACACUUUGCUCUGUUCAAGACGCUUCAGCAACCUUCGUACCAGACAGAAAGAAACGACGUCAUCGCCGACGAUCGCUCUUGGUAUACCGAAAUAGGCACACUCCGGCCUAUGGCCUUUUGCCUCUCGUCCUCACUCGAUAUCAAGAUGGCAGCUGCUUCUGGUGAGCCCGCCAGCGGACGCUGUGCCUCACCUCCGCUCGACAAAGCUCCCGGCCCGGCCCUCGGCCCUCGUUCUGACCCGACACGCUGCCUUUCGGUGGGCUCGACCGUCUCUCAUGGCUCCGCAACUACAGAAGCCUCGAAUGUGCGCGAGUCUCUUGGGAGCGACAGCUCGGCCUUCUCACGCCAGUCCUCAGAGAGCUACCGUCCCUCUCGUGUCUCUGAUAUCUACACGGGCAAUCUUCCACUCAAUAAUCGGGACUCGAUGAACGGCAUGGAUAUGCCCUACACGCCAGUGACACCGUCGGGGUCCAGGAGCUCGAGCAGGCGCCGGGGUUACAUGCGUCCCCAGGGAACUGACUUCGCUGCCAGCGCCCGCGCUCGGGAGAGCGUCCUGAGCCUCGGGAGCAUCGCACAUCUUCAGUACUACUUUGCACGGACCGGUUUGCUGGACGGGAAGGGUGGUCGGCUGGCACGCAAAAGAGACAGCAAGGCACAAACACUGGAUCUUUCUUCGCUCGAUUCCGUGUCGUUUUCUAGUCUCAAGGCCCCGGUCAGUGACCAUGACUCGAGCUACGCAUCCAUGGGAAGCAGCCCGGAUCUGGGUGCGCACAGUAGCUUUGUCAGUUUGGCCGGCGGUUCCCUCGUCGAAUCGCCCACCGAUGAGCAACACCCGGAGGAAUUCUAUUCCGAGGACGAGUACGACGAGGAGGAUCUCAACAUGCCCCCCCCGACGACCAGCACAUACAUUCACCGAGAAAAGGCAGUCCCAAAGCCGCCGACGGUUGCUGAAUUAAGAACCGAGCUCACAAACGCCCUCGAUACUGCCAAAAGAUCACUGAAGGAGGCAAAAGACGCCAAGGCCCCACCAGACGAUUCGCCCAAAAUUUCCAUUCAUUUGACUGAUGACCAGGGAGCCGACUCACGCGCACGUUCGGGGUCUACCAGAAGCACCCGGAGCAAUAGGAGCAAUAUUGGGUGGUUUGAGAUUCAGGGCAUGCACAUCCUUGAUGUCAUGACGCUGGCUAUCCGGGCGGCCAAGAUUUAUUACACAUCCCACGACCGACCUGACCGCCUGGAUGCCAUCAAAUCGGAAAAGGAGAUUCGCAGUGCCUUGCUCUCUGUGAUGGAGGUGCUCAAGCGCAUGGCAACUCGGGGGUUCUCUGGCGGCAUGCGUGAGGAUGAGUUCCACACUAUGAAUGAAUGGAUCUCCGGGCUCCACAGCAUGCUGGCUGCUGAGGCUGAGAUAGAGGCUGCCGAGGCUGCUGAGCGGGAGGGGUGGACUUGGUUGCGCGAUGAAGGGUGGGAGGGCCGCGAAAUUCAGCGCGAGGAAGCCUUCAUACAGUCGAUGCUGCACGGCAUCAAGGACCCCAUCGAGAACAUGCCAACCAUUCCCACAUGGGUCCCCAUUGACCGGACGAAGCCUUUGGGUGAGCAAACGCUCCCCACACCGUUUCUUGCGUCCCUGUCCAACGGCCAGCGUCUGGUUCACUUGCACAACUGUGCGGUUCGCAAGUCUCGCCGGAGGCGGCCGAGCUACGAUGGGAGGUGCUGCUCAAGACCGAUGCUCUUGGCCUCCAGUACAACACAAGCCCGCAACUCUGGCUUGACUUUGAGGAUGCCAUUCUCCAAUGGUGCCGAACAGUACGCGGCGAGAUUACCGCCGAGCUGGAGGGCUAGGUGCCACCAAAAAAAAAACAAGCAUCGGCAAGCGUUAUUACCUGCCCAGCGGGAGACGUGGUCAGCAAUCAAAGCCAGGUGGGUUCGGCACUGCAGAUGCCUCUGGAGGACAUACAUACCAGCUUAUCACAAAAUCUUCCUGGGGAGAGGGGGAAAAAAUUGGGACGGAUAGGGGGGGGACAGGCUGGCAGGAUAUGACGACUGAAAGAUGUUACGACCUGAUAGACGGCUUGGCCCCUCGUCCGCCUUUUUUUUUUAUAUAUAUAUAAUCUUCUUUUCUUUUUUUUUCUUUUUCGACUCACAAACACUUUUGUCUAUUCUUCAUACCUUUUUUCUUUUACUGCUGGGGUUGGGCCUCCACACCUGCCCCUUUUUGGUUUCAAUAACCACAUAAUCCUGGAUUAUACCUGGCUUCUUGAGAGCUUUUACGAUGGACUAUUCCUUGACCUUUUGUCCAACUUUUGUCAACACAGGCAGAUAUAGGGGGUUUUGUUCAUGUUGGACUUUUUCGUUAUAUUCUGCCUGUAUAUACUUUCAAAAUGUUUGUUUGGGAAAGGAGAGACAUGACGAGUUUGGGGGGGGUUUCACACUUUUACGCAUACAAAACAUUACCUCCUUUUUUUUUUAUUUUACUUCGUUCGGGCUUGUUGUGGUCCUCCUUGUUACCUUUUUUUUUUUACUUGGGUUUCUUAUCACUACUUCUUCAUUUAUAUACCCCCGUUUAUCAGCAUCAUCAUCAUUAUCAGCAUUAAAAGAAACAUUGAAAUACCAACACAAAGCUCACACACACAUUGGGAUUUGGGGCGUUUGUAAUGGGUUUUGUUUGGGGAGAA